CAAUUUGGGAUGGACCGAGGAUGGAAGACUAAUGUUGAGAUAUCACCAAGCUGUCCUCGGUGUGGUUCUUCAAACACUAAAUUUUGUUACUACAACAACUACAGCUUAACUCAACCGCGAUACUUCUGCAAAGGUUGUAGGAGGUAUUGGACUAAAGGUGGUUCCCUAAGGAACGUCCCCGUCGGCGGUGGUUGCAGAAAGAACAGAAGAGGAAAGUCCUUAAGGCUUUCAUCUACUGAUGUUGAUCCCUCCAGAAGCUUAGGUUAUGGGGUUACCGUCUCUAAUAGAGGGGUUUCUUCUGUUGAGUCAUGUAGCUCUUCCAUGACAUCUGAUGGUUCACAUAUUGAUCUUGCACUUGUUUAUGCAAACUUCUUGAAUCCUCAGCCAGAUUCCAAGAUUACUACUACCACUACUACAGCUACGAUGGCUGAUUUCGACAUGCAAGAGUUGCCUAGAAGUGAUAUUUCUACCAUUCCAAACACAAAUUUGGAAUCAACUAGAGUUCAACUACAUGGAGAGAACCACAACAGUCCAAGUCUUGCUGGAUGCCUUACUACUUUGUCUGAUUCAUCCAUGGAAACUCCUUUGAAUGAAAAUGAUCAUCACUUGAUGUACUUUCACCAAGCUGGUGAUAAUAAGGUUCAACAAUGCACAAGUACUCUUCAUGAAUCAAUCCACUAUGCGCUGCCACCAUUGCCAGGAGAAGAGAUAGGCUCUCAUCAAGAGAUAUUGUGGUUCAAUUCUCACUUGAUGGGCAAUGAUAAUACCCUGCAAGUGACACAAGAGCCUCCAAUUCUUGGACCUGAAACUCAAGAUCCUAAUGAUCUGAUGUUCGGUAACUGGAACCCAUUUGAUUUGUCUAGUGAUGAUACUUUCUCAAGGACUUGACAAUUAAAAUGGGAUGAGUUUACCUUCAUUGUUUUCUUCUUGUGUAAAAAUGUAUAGAAUCUCAAGUAAUCUAUACUUGUAAACCUGAUGAA